AUGGAAAAUUUGGAUCGUCUAGGAUACGAUAUGUUGGAAAUUCAAUCAACGUCAACAAAUCAAAAAAAUAAUCAUUUUAAAGCUAUAGCAAAAUCGUUAUUAUUGACAAUGGAAAUUAACGAUUGGUUAAAUGAUUAUAUAUGCUCAAUAUUGCAUAUAACAAAUGGACAAGAUCUAAAUUUUACAAAACAUUUGAGAAAAUUAUGUACUAAAGAAUGGCAAAAACAUUAUGAUAAUUAUAAAAAAAUGUGGAUAGAUAAAUAUCCGAAUAAUAAUACAAAAGCAUUCGAUUUUCAAAAUGAAAUCGAAAAAUUUCGUUCAGAAGAUUAUUAUCGAUUAGAUAUGUGCUUUUUAGUUAAUCAAGCACUAGCUAAUGCAUUUGGUAUUCCAAUAUACAUUAUACGAGGAAUUCGUGAAGAAAAUCCAGUUGAAACAAUUAAACCACUUUUUAUUGCUCGUUCAGGUGUCAAUAUUGUUUUAAUCUCUAGUCAAAAAAAUGAUGGACAUUAUGAUGUCGCAGUAUUGAAAGGUCAUCCGCAAACGUUAAAAAAGCAUCGUAACGUGACAUUUGAUGAAAAACCUGAAAUAAGAUCAUUUAAAGCCGAUGAUGAGCAAAUACGGCCAACUGGCCUACCAAAUGCAUCACAAACACCAACUAUGAAUAAUUUAUCAACCAUGAGACAACCUAAUAAUGGACUUAUUCUAAAUACCGGUACACAAUUCUAUCCACAAUUUACAUUACCAACAACGAUUUAUCCAUUUAAUAACUAUUUUCUACAACCGUAUAUGCCACAAAUGAUGCCAACACCGAAUAAUGAUGUCAAACUAUCGCCAUCAUUGACACGUACAACAUCUCCAAAUCCAAAACAUACAAAUAUGAAUAAUUCGACAACAAAUACAUCACUAACAGUACCGACAACAAUGCCAAUGGUUUUACAAACACCCGCUGGCUUAUCAACAAUGUCGUAUGGAACACCAACACCUUACAUGCAAUUGCCACCAACACAAACAACAUUUAUGUAUAAUACAGGAAUGCAUCAAUCGAAUGUGCCGACUGUAUCUCCUGGUACAUUUUUCUAUACAACUUCACCCUAUUCAAUCUAA